AUGUAUCGCAAGCGCAACGGAUCUCUUGGCUUCUCCUUCACGCGCUUCGCCCAUGCCGCCGUUCCUAAUUUCUUCGCAGAUGAGACCCCUACCCGCAUAGGUGACCUGACGGGCUACCGUCGGGACAUGUGCUACAUGCACCAGAUCGCCUCUGCGAACCCCUACGUGCUUGAUGAGCGAUCCUUCUACGUCGCCGGCGUCGUCGACUCCGAGAGCGUGAGCAAGAAAGUCUACGCCAAGCUGAAAAAGAACGAGAUCUUGAUGGAGGACGGACUGGUGGACACGCACAGGAUCGGGCCCAAGUUCCCUCACCAGCUGGCCCUGUUGAAUAUCUAUAGGCAGAAGGAACUGGUCGGGAUGCUGUUCUGGUGGGAGGAAGAGUGCCAGCGUCUGCGCAAGUUGGACGGCGAGGAGAAGGAGCUCGACGGCCUGAUCUCCGAGUCGGAGGUGAAGUUGACCAGCACGGACGAAGAUGGCGCAGAGAGACAGGCCGUGAAGCAGACUCUAGACCAGCUGAAGUUCGCGAGGGAGCGGGUCAGGAUGAAGCGGAGACAGAGACCCAGUCAGCGAGAUCCAGAUGUCGAGGCGGACAAGGACGAUAUCAUGAUGGCCUUUCACGGACGGAGCAAGAGUGUCCCGAACGUUGGUGUCGGCGGGGUGGUCGCUGGUCCGGUCGCGCCGAUACAACGGGGGCAACCGCCGCAGUAUUUUCCUGGUUCUUGA